CUGAAGCUCCUCCCACAACAACUCACCUUCACUGAAGCUCCUCCCACAACAGCAGAUCCCCAAUAAAUGCUGGGAUAUUCCCAUCAGCCUAGAAGUGCAGCAGAGCUGAACACUGAGAACAUGAGCGAUCCAGAAUCCUGCAGAAUGGAACACGAAGAGACUGAAGAACAAAGAGGCUUGAUGGAACAGAUCGAGGAGAGUGAAGAACUGAGUGAAGGAGAGGAGAAAAAUCAUCAUAUCAAAACUAGAGAAAAGACAUUUAGAGCAGCCAAAAAUUAUUGCCCUCAGACCGGAAAGAGAUUCCCAAACACAAAAAGUCUUAAACUUCACACGAGGGUUCAUGGUGGAGAGAAGAUGCACACGUGUCAUCAGUGCGGGAAGAGCUUGAUGGAACAGAUCGAGGAGAGUGAAGAACUGAGUGAAGGAGAGGAGAAAAAUCAUCAUGUCAAAACUGGAGAAAAGACAUUUAGAGCAGCCAAAAAUUAUUGCCCUCAGACCGGAAAGAGAUUCCCAAACACAAAAAGUCUUAAACUUCACACGAGGGUUCAUGGUGGAGAGAAGAUGCACACGUGUCAUCAGUGCGGGAAGAGUUUCACACGAAAAGACAACCUGAAGAUACACGAGAAGCUCCACACUGGAGAGAAACCGUACUCAUGUGAUCAGUGUGGGACCAGUUUUACACGAAAAGAACACCUUAAGAAACACAUGACAAUCCACACUGGAGAGAAAUCACACUCAUGUGAUCAAUGUGGGACCAGUUUUACACAAAAAGAACACCUUAAGAAACACAUGACAAUCCACACUGGAGAGAAAUCACACUCAUGUGAUCAAUGUGGGACCAGUUUUACACAAAAAGAACACCUUAAGAAACACAUGACAAUCCACACUGGAGAGAAAUCACACUCAUGUGAUCAAUGUGGGAAGAGUUUCACACGAAAAGACAACCUGAAGAUACACAUGACAAUCCACAGCGGAGAGAAACCGCACACAUGUGAUCAGUGUGGGAACAGUUUUGCACAAAAAGGAGCCCUUAAUGUUCACAUGAAGAUCCACACGGGAGAGAAGCCACACGCAUGUUCUUUGUGUGGAAAGAGUUUUAGUGUGCGGAGUGGCUUAAAAUUACACCAGAAAAGACACCGUGGUGUGAAGGAUCACAUGUGCUUUGAUUGUGGGAAGACCUUUUUUACUGCCGGUGACCUGAGAAAGCACCAGACAGUUCACACUGGAGGCAAGCCUUACAAGUGUUCACACUGUGACCAGAGAUUUGAUUGGCCAGGAUAUCUGAAAAUACACGAGAAGCUCCACACGGGAGAAAAGCCGCACAUGUGUGAUCAGUGCGGGAAGAGGGAGCGAAGCGGUUCCAGGUGGAGAUCUCGAAAAGAGGUGGCGGAGGGGGAGAGGGCAUCGCCCGGGGCCUGGCUCGCAUCUUCUGCUGCUGGUGCACCCAGGGUCCGUGGUAUCUCUAGCAGCGUCAAACGCAGAGGAUAUUUCGGGCUCUUCUAUCAACCCCCCGCCCCUCUGCCGUCUACAGAUCCCAGCGAUGCCAAAACAGGGAUGGACAUUGAAUUAUUCCGUGUCCUCUCUAAGGCGGUUGAAGAGCUGGGCUUGGAGUGGACUGUGUCGGAGGAGCCCACUCGUAGUCAUCUGGAUAAACGUGCUGUCAGGCCCCUCGUCAGCAAGCUCACAAAAUCCUUCAAACGUCUGAUUCAUCGCCCUCACCUCCGUCGACGGCACUGA